AUGUUUGAUGAGAUUCUCGCACGAGUGGGCCAAAGGAUAACGAAACAGCGCAACAACUACAGACUUCCAUUUGAACCAGGGAUGAAGCUAUCAAUUGCGCUGCGGCAUCUUGUGCCUGGUUCAAAGUACCGUGAUAUGCGAUUCGGCUGGAGGGUCUGUAGAGCAGUCAUAGAUGAGUAUGCUGACGAGGUGAUGCCGUUGCCAACAACAGCUGCCGAUUGCACGCGAAUAGCGGACGGCUUCAGGGACAGCUGGAAUAUCCCCCAUACUCUUGGUGCUAAUGAUGGCGAACAUAUUGCCUGCAAAUGUCCACCAAGAUCCGGGUCUACGUAUUUUAACUACAAGAAGUACUUAACCGUUGUCCUGCUAGCCCUGAAGGAUUUUGACUACAAGUUCGUCUGGGCUGACAUUGGAGGCCGUGUUGCUGCAUCAGAUGCACAGUUGUGGAACGAGUCCGACCUGAAGGCAGCAGCUGAGAACGGAGACCUUAACCUGCCAGAACCUGAAGUUUUGCCACAUGAUUCUGAGGAUGUGCCCUACUUUUUCAUCGUUGUUCAUGAGGAUCAAUGUUGA